AUGGGACAAUCAUCCCAAGCCCAAAAUGCCGCUCAACUCAAACACGACGGUGUCCUCAGGCACCUUCACCGUUUUUAUCGUGGAACACUUUACCAAGCCAUUAUGCUCGGCCUCGUCAGCUUCACUCAGCCCGGCAUUUGGACAGCUUUGAACAAUCUAGGCGCGGGCGGUCUUGCCUCUCCCUUCUUCGUCAAUGCAGCCAAUGUCGUCACCUUUGCCAUUAUGGUCUUCUGCGCACCACUCUCGGCCGUCCUGGGAAACCGCUUCAAUCUAAAAUGGGUACUUGUGUUCGGCACGCUUGGCUAUGCGCCUUACAGUGCUGCUCUCUAUUGCAAUUCGGUAUUUGGUACUCAGUGGUUUCUGAUCUUUGGAGCGGCAACGUGCGGAUUUUCAGCUGCAGCCUUGUGGACUUCGGAAGCAGCAUUGGCUGUAGGCUAUCCAGAACUAGAGCGCCGAGGGUUUUACAUCUCUAUCUGGUUGGCUCUCAACAAAAUCGGCUCUCUUAUCAGCACCUCGAUCCAGCUUGCACUUAACAUGGACAGAAAUCAAAAGGGCAGCAUCAGCCCAAAAACAUUCUUGGUGCUCGUUGCCUUGCAAUGUGUGGGUUUGCCGAUGGCUCUCACUGUCGCACCUCCAGACAAACUCAUCCGCUCUGACGGCACAAAACCAAUUUUCGCGGCAAACAAGCUCUCCAUAAAGCAAAACUUCAAAGAUCUCUGGGCUACUUUCAAACUGCGUAAUAUCUACCUUCUUAUUCCAAUCUUCAUCUCCGCGCAGUGGGGCCAGACAUACCAGGGCAACUACCUCGCAGCGUAUUUCUCCGUACGGGGCCGAACGCUCGCCGGCUUUAUCGUUGCGGUUCUCAGUCUCAUUGUGGACUUUGGAUUCGGCUGGUUGUUAGAUUCAGACUAUGCAGGCCUUACACGAAGACGCUCCCUUACAGCACGGUACAGCUGGCUCCUUAUCACAGUUUUCUACACCGCCACCUGGAUCUGGAAUUUUGUGCUGCAGGCAGACCUUGCAAAGACUUCGCCGCAGCUAGACAUCGAUUCCCCUGGUUUCGGAAGGGCUGUGGGGGUCUACAUUUUCUAUAGAAUUGGCUACGAAAUCGCAAGUGUCUGGCAAUAUUGGGUUCUUGGGACGUUUGACUCUGAUAUUGCGACGUUGGCCUACACUACCAGUAUUCUGCGUGCUGGUGAGAGCUUGGGAAGUACUUUUUCCUACGGAGUUGGAGCUAGCAAGAGCGCAUCACUUAUGACCAACUUGAUUGUUGCCGCAGUCGUUUUCUGGGUCAGUGUACCUACUACUUUCUGGGCAGCUUGGAGAGUGACGGAUGCCGAGGUGGAAAUGCCUGGACGGAACACGAGCAACUCCACUUCUGCAGAAGACGUGGAAAGGAUAGAGCCAGCGGUGGACGUAAAGUCUUAG